UUACCAAUGAGUAGUUUGUUCAGUUUUCUAGUGUGAAAACGGUGCACAGUGCUUAUUAGAAUAAGAUCUUCACGACGGGGACGCAAGACAUUAGCAACAUGCCGGAGGAAGCGAUCAAAAAUGAAGGUGAAAUUGAAAACGUUCGAGUCGUCGUACGGGUCCGGCCGAUGGACAAAAAUGAGCUCGAUUCUAGCUGCCAGAACGUGAUCAAGGUGGACAAAUCGAACCGAAGCAUCACGGUUGUAAAGCCAACUGCAAACUCCAGCGAACCACCCAAGGUGUACUACUUUGAUAACGUUUUCGGCGAAGAUUCAACACAGAUCGAUCUCUACGUUGACACCGCCCGUCCGAUCGUGGAUAAGGUGCUGGAAGGAUACAAUGGCACCAUACUGGCGUACGGACAGACCGGUACCGGCAAAACGUACACAAUGUCGGGCAACGCAGAAUCUCCCCAAACGAAAGGCAUCAUACCGAACACGUUCGCGCACAUCUUCGGACAUAUUGCGCGUGGCAAGGAGAACCAAAAGUUUCUCGUGCGCGUCAGCUACAUGGAGAUCUACAAUGAGGAGGUGCGCGAUCUGCUCGGGAAGGAACUGAACAAGAGCCUGGAGGUGAAGGAGCGUGCCGAUAUCGGUGUGUUUGUGAAGGAUCUAAGCGGGUACGUCGUGCACAAUGCGGACGAUCUGGACAACAUCAUGAAGCUGGGCAACAAGAACCGUGUCGUCGGGGCGACGAAGAUGAACUCGGAAUCAUCACGCUCGCACGCAAUCUUCUCGAUAACGAUCGAAUCGAGCGAGACGGAUGAAGCCGGCCGGCAGUAUGUGCGCAUGGGCAAGUUGCAGUUGGUCGAUCUGGCCGGUUCGGAACGGCAGAGUAAGACACAGUCGUCGGGUUUGCGGUUGAAGGAAGCGACCAAAAUCAACCUCUCGCUGUCCGUGCUGGGGAACGUGAUUAGCGCGCUUGUUGAUGGUAAAAGCACUCAUAUACCGUACCGUAACUCGAAGCUGACGCGACUGCUGCAGGAUUCGCUCGGUGGCAACAGCAAGACGGUAAUGUGCGCCAGCAUAAGCCCGGCCGAUUCGAACUAUGUCGAGACCAUCUCGACGCUGAGGUACGCAUGCCGAGCGAAGAGCAUCCAGAACCUGGCCCACAUUAACGAGGAACCGAAGGAUGCCCUGCUGCGCCACUUCCAGGAGGAAAUCGAGGAACUGAAGCGUCAGCUAGAGGAAGGUAUCUUUCAACAGGGAAUUGAAAGUGGUGAGGAGGAGGAGGAAGAUGAUGGCGAAGGUGAGGAAGAGAAUGAGGAGGAUGCGGUAGAGGAAGAGUGCGAUCCGGACGAAGAUCGCGAGCGGGAACGUUUGGAGCGCAAGGAGAAGCGUCGUAAGGAGAAGGCCCGCGAGCGUAAGGAGAAGAGUGACGCCGAGAAGGAACUGCUGGAGAAGAAAGCAAUGGAGAAUCAGCAGGAGCUGAAGAAAGCAAAAUCGGAGCAAGAUCAACUGCGGGCGAAACUCUCAUCUUUGGAGAACAAAAUUCUCGUUGGUGGUGAAAACCUGCUAGAAAAAGCGAAGGAGCAGGAAUUUUUGUUGGAAAAUUCGAUCACCGAACUAGAACAGCGCACCAAAACGGAGCGCGAGUUGAAGGAAAACUUGCAGAAAAUCGAGGCCGAACGUAUCGACAUUGAGGAACGGUACAGUUCACUGCAGGAAGAAUGUGUGGGCAAAACCAAGAAACUGCAGCGCGUUAUGUCCAUGCUGAUGAGCAUUAAAUCGGAGUUGGCCGAUCAGCAGCAGGAACAGCAGCGGGAGAAGGAGGGCAUUUACGAAAACAUUCGCAGUUUAUCGCGCGAACUGGCGCUUUGCGAGUUGGUAAUUAACUCGUACAUUCCAAAAGAGUAUCAGAACAUGAUCGAGAAAUUCACCCACUGGAAUGAGGAUAUUGGCGAGUGGCAGCUAAAGUGUGUCGCGUACACUGGCAAUAACAUGCGCAAAAACAUCCCGGAACCAAAGGUCAAUACCAAAGAGACGGAUCUGGUUGAUCUGUCGCACGUGUAUCUUAGCUACAAUACGGAUUCGGUGGCUGAACCAAUACGCGCCAAAACGGCAAGACCGCGCACAUCCGGCAUUGCCCGACCGACGACGGCCAGAAAGUACUAUUAGGUAGACCAGGAUGUGAAUCCAGGACAAGCAGAAAUGGAAAUGAGGCUUUUAGUCGUGAUACUCUCAACCGUCUCAUUUACAAAGAGUUUCACACAGUAAAAUACUACACGACGUUAAUUUAACAGACAGUCAUCACAUCAAGAAAAACAAAAGAUUUAAUUAAAUGCUGGUCCGUUGCUGGUGCUGGUGUUGUCUAGUAGAAAUACUACAGUCGUUGCAAAUACAGCAAAGCUUGCACUAAGCGCACAACCACUCGCUUUACACGUGCAAUACGAUACUAGUCGCUUAAUGGUCAAACGAUUGACGGUUGUCAGUUGAUAGUUAUUUUAAAAUCAAAAGUAAACUUAUAAUGGUGCCCACCUAACUAACCACAGGAUAGAGCUCAACGAUCAAUGUGCAUUAACGUGCAGAGUUAUCAUUUUCUGUAUCUUUAUAAGAAGGUAUUUUUUGUUGACAGGGGUAUUAUUGUUUUAUUGCAUACCGGUUUGAACCUUUCUACGUAGGAGGGAUUUGUUGUAGAAAUAUGAGGGAUUUAUUUAGUUUAGACAAUGCUGUACGCAUUCAUAAUAAUCUUUUCGCCAUUAUAACAUGAUUUCACAUCAGCGCUACCAUAUAGGAAUGUUAAAUAGGACAAAGGAAAGGCUUAUACAUUUUCGUCUGUUAAUUCUGACGUAUGUAUGCGUACGUUGUAAUAAUUUAUCUAUUCCCGUUUUGAUCUUGCAAUGAGCAGAUACAUUGCUUGCGUGAAAAACUACCAAUGAUUUGAACGACAGGAGAAUCGAUACCAGAAAACAAAAGCUUAGAAAGAUUUUGCUGUGGUUGUGACAAUAUUCCAGUAAUGUUUAGACAAAAAACAGGAUUUAUUUAUGUGUACAGAUGUUUUUCUUUCUUCAGUUUAGGUAUUAGUAGUGUGCGCACUUUGAUUGCAGUUAUCUUCAGCACGUAUAUGUUACAAAAUCACAUUUCAUUUCAAACUUACUACUUACUUUAUUGAGUGCUUGCGAUUCUUGAUAGGUUUAGUUUGAGCGGGCAGUACGUAGUUAAAAGGUAGUCGAAAAAUACCAUCCCCAAUCUAACCGUAGCGUGAGUGAAAUGUGAAGAAAGAAAUGUAUUUUCAAGACUAGUCAAUUGCUACAUUUGCAGCAAAUAACACAAGGCACUCAUAAUUGUAAACGAUGAUUUUCAUAUCCUCUUAGGGACGCUUUGUCUACUACACAUGACUUUGUGCCGGUGCUAACUGAGUAAUGCUACCGAGAGCAAUGAGCAUAUUUCGUUGCAUUAGACUAAACGCAGACUAACGAAAUAUUCAAUAUACACACAAGCACACACGAUGUCAUAUUUGUAAUGGAAUUUAUUGAAAUACACCAUAAAACGAUAGAUUUGAAGCUAUGUUUGUUCGAUGUGAUCUUUCGUGAGUAUAGUAUUCAAUAUCACAUAGCAGUGGAGGAUCAAUGCCCUUGGAGGUUCAGCACGGAAUUAUAGUUGGGGUCUCAAUUUUUAAAAACGAUGAAUUGGGGGUAUUGAGGCCCUUGAAAUGAGG